CAGCUGAUAUGCUGCAUUUAUACAAAAAAUAUUCUUAUGAUGGAUUCAAAUGUUAAGAAUUUUAAAUAUUUACAACUGCGUAAAGUACUUUCAAGGUUAAGUUCCAUCGACGGCUGCUAUAACUGUGAUGAGUUGCACGAUGAGUUGGAGACACUGGAAGAAUCGCAAAAGCUCUGUGACAAAUUGGCAAACGCUCUUAAAAGGGACUUGAGCCUGGAAGAAAUUUCCUCGUUAUAUUGUGCUGCAAUAAUGUUGCUACUAUUGGGCGAUCCUGAAAUACUAAGCGAGCGUCUGGACCUCUUGAAUGAAUGUUUCAAUUAUUCAGAUAUGUUAAAGCCAACAAUGGUUGACUAUGCCACGAGGGAAUUACUCGACAAUUUUAAGUACGCUGCCAGUCUGGACGAGAACCAUGAAGACUAUGAUUAUAUGCUUUAUUUACUAACGGCUAUACCACAUAUUAUUACUGCGAGCGAAACUGGAAAGAUGAUAUCACUUGGACUGCUGCGGGCGUUUAUAUCUGAGUUGACAAGUCCGGGCUUAGAAUCACCAAUCAUCAUGCAUAUAUAUCGAAAUAUUUCAGAAGUAUGGCAAAUGAUAAAGUCAGUCAAGGUUGAGACGAUAUUGGAGGAGUGGUCAUUGCACAAAAUUUACGCCUUUAUCAAGACUUUUGGCUUAAUUUUGGCAACAGCUGCACUUAACACAAAUAAUACGGCUUUAAAGCAAGCCGGUUACCGGGGCUUUGAAUUGCCUCAAACGGAGAUUCAAAUUGAAAUAUCAGAAUGGUUCGGAAUGCUCAAAAACCAACUGAACGAGAAGCACACCAUAGACAAAUCCAAGUCUAAAUCGAUGUUGGUGCGAUUUAUUGACUUUAAUAUACUGAGCUUACUAACAGAAGCCGGAAAUGAAGUUGCAUCAGAAGCUGGAAAUGAUGCAGCAGCUUCGUGAUUAAAUAAAUUGUAAUUAGUCAUUAGUUUUUAGCUUAUACAAUGAAUUUCCUCAUUUUACAUAUUACAAAAUCGUAUAUAAAUUAUGAAAUUUA